AUGAAUAAGGAGGCAUGUUCUUCCAGAGACAAAGCUGAAAGCAACGAAAGAGCAAAGACUCACCUGGUCAAGAGGUCCUACAGAUGUGGUGGUUGGUUUGAGUUCAAUCGCCGUUGUUUCUACUACAUUGCGAAACCUAUGUCUUGGGCUAGAGCUGAGAAAAACUGUAUGUCCCUGGGAGGUCACCUUGCAUCAGUUCACAACUUCAUGGAGUACCACGAGCUUCAGAGGGUCAUACUGACUGGUAGUCAUGAGUACAAAGAAACCUGGAUUGGUGGUUCUGAUGCACAGGAGGAGAACCAUUGGAUUUGGAGCGAUGGCAGCACUUUCCAUUAUACCAACUGGUGUCCUGGAGAGCCCAAUAAUGGAGGAGGUCACCAGCACUGCUUGCAAAUGAAUCAUGGAGGUGGAAAGUGCUGGGAUGACUUGGAGUGCCGCGGUCAAAGACCUUCUAUCUGUGCCAAGAAGAUGUGAUGAAUCCUGGACUCAGCAGUGACACAGGGAGGCAUGUCUUUCUGUCAUCAGCAUCAUAUAUUGGCUUUAAUCUCCUUUCUCCUUCAUUAUCGUACAAUCGCUGUAAUGCUACUUAAGGAAUUAUGAGACAAGAAUCAGAAACAGAAUGUGGCUCAUGUCUUUAAUAGGAAGAGUCUGAGUGUUGUAUGAAAAGAAUGCUUUUAGCUUUGAAAUUGUCUUUUUUGUGUGCAGAAAUAAAAGAGGAAUGCAUUGAAA